AUAUGGCGAUGUGUCAGAUGAUUGGGAUGUUUUUAUUUACAGCAUAAGUUACAGUAGUUUUGGUGCUUUCGCGACUGAUAUGAACCGGCACCAAGUUCUUACGGGAGCAUGCAAUGCAGGAGACCAAUGCUAUGCAGUUGGGAGCGUGGAAGGCAUCCAUUUUACCGCUUAUGCAGCUGGGUGUGACAUCGUGGUCUUGGCCAGUGAUUUCCAACGUGUUCAGAUUAUACCGGGGGUUACUCAUGGUAAUGUCAAGGUCAACUGCAUUGACUGUUCCACAGACAGCGGGAAGAUUGCAGCAUCAUAUCAGAAUGAAGUGUACAUAUUUGAACCAACUCCUUUACGUCACCACGAGAGCACACAUAAAUUGGAUUACAGAUGGUAUCAGACUGCCAAGUUUGAAGCAGACUGCUACAUUAAUUGUUUAAGUUGGAAUAUUGAAGGAUCGAGACUGCUCACAGGGGGUGAAUCCAUACAGAUCUGGGCGUUUACCCAGGAACAUCAUGAUGAAUCCGGGGGUGGAUCUAAAAGUGUUCACUUUGAUGUGGGUGGAAUGGAUGAUGACCACAAACAUGACAAGGAGGAAGGGGAGCCCUUCAACCCCAUAGAGGAGAUACUGACCGUGUGGGACUGUGUUUGGAGGUGCAGACCAGCGACGGCUGUAUAUCACCUGAGGUAUUCAUGGGAUGGCUUGCUGUUUGCAUCGGCUGGAAAGAAUGACAGAUUGGUGAAGAUAUGGUAUGAAGACAGAAAAAAUCAGCUUCCGUUGAUGAGGGCCGACAGUUUAGUGAGCCCGAAAAAAGACGAACAACACUACUCCUACAUAUAUAUAGCCCACCCGAGGGCUGUCACGGGCUUCUCCUGGAGGAAAACCAGCAAAUAUAUGCCCAGGGGAGCAGUCGCUAACAUGUUGGUGACUUCCUGUCUGGACAAUGUCUGUCGUUUGUGGGUGGAAACAAUUCUUCCAGAUGAUGGGCUGGUAGACCUGGAACAGUUUGACCCCAAUGCAUCGGUGGAUCCAAAGUUUCACACUCACAGACACAAGAAGAGGUUUCUUCAGAGGCUAAAGACUAUCAGCAAUUUACUUGAUGUACAUGCCAUCCACAAACGGAGAAAACACAACAAGAUGGGUCCGGAGACGGUGAUGAGCAUGGCCAAUUUUAACUCCGUACAAAGUGUCCACGACUUCCACAAGUAUGCCAUCCAUCACAACGGUAUGGCUACGGUGCUUCAUUUCCACCUGGCUGCAAGCAUUAACCCAGAAACAGAUGUACCACUGCUUCCAGUCAUAGGGUCUAAAGGUGACCAACAGUUUAACUUCCAGCUCCACUGGCUGAACAAUAAAGAGCUGCAGUUUACGAUGGAAGCAGAGAUCAUACUACAGGAUAUGCACAAAGGAGUUCUGAAUGUAGAUAGUCAUGGCGAUGAACAUGGCAACCAUGAAGCAUCGGACAGUGACCACGAGGACCAUCACUUGGACGAUAUCGAGAAAAGUGGUCAUCAGCCACCCAAAAAGAAGAAAAGCAAAUUGUUCAAGAGGAAAAACCGACAUUCUCAUCAUGGGAAAUCUUCCAAGGAUAUGUUUGGCUCUUACGUGGAAAGUCAGGCUAGCGUGACUUCCUCGGACCCAUCUGACCACAACUCAGAGGGGACGGGUAGUGCAGGUUUCCCAGAGGACUCAGUGAUUGAUACCUUGGACAGAAAGAUUGAGGUACUUCUCAGAGACUGGCACCAGCAUGCCGACAUGAUGUUCAGUAUCCACCCUGUAGAUGGGAGUUUUCUUGUCUGGUUGGUAGAUUGGCUGGAUGAAUACAACCCGUACUGCUUUCGCCAGGCUCAGGUUUGUUUUUCCUCUCGUCUGCCUCACGCUUUCCCUGUUCCUGACGCCAGAACAAUGGCUAGUCAUCUCUGGAUGUACUGUAACUACAGUAAGAUGGACAUCAAGUCAGCCAUGAGACUGAGUGAAAGCAGUAACAGUGUAGAGAAUUCUAAAAUUCAGUAUCAACCCGCACCAGCAACGGGGAAAAAUUCACCGGGACAGAACGAUAACAUGUUAAUACCUAAUGUUCUACUUAUCUCCAAGCAUAUCAACGGGUCAUUGAAUCAGUGGCAGAUCAGUUUUUCUGACCAGUCCAAGUUCUCUACGGUUGUGAGUGUGGCUCACGCCACCCGAGCAUGUGGACAUCGGUUCAGAACCAACUCCGCUACCUGUCAUCCGGUGCUGCCUCUACUACUCUCAACAUCUCAUCACAAUUUACCGAAAGAGCUGAAUAGUCAGUCAAUGAAUUAUUUUGAUGGACAAAAAAUGCAGAGAUCAAGCUCUAAGGAAAGUGAAGAAGAUAUGAAACAUGGAGUUGGUGGGGUGGAGUUCUGUAGUGAAUUAAUUCUGUGGCGGGUGGAUCCUGUGGGGCCUUUGUCAAAGUCGGGUGGAAUCGUAGAGUUGGCCAGGAUAAACUCGCCAGAGCUGGCGGCAUUCUCAGAUGUUGCCUGGGUACCAACGCUACUGCCAAGCUCCACCUUGGGGUCUUACAGUAACUCUCCCAGUGCCCUGUUUGUGGCCUCUGACGGAAAUUGUUUGAGAAUGUUCCAAGCUGUGAUUGAUGCUAGGACCCUGUUGUUGGAGGUGGGGGCACAGAAGAGAGAGACUGCAAUGAGUUUUAGCAGUAACACAAGUUCAGGGUACAGUUUUGAGCCCCAGAAGCCUCCAGGGGAACUAUUUAAUAUCGUCAGUUUACAAUCGUCUGCCAGACCGGGUUGUAUUAUUGAGCUGGAGCCCAUCGCUGAUGCUGCUCAGAGCUGGCAGCAGACACAGUUGCUCCACGUUUUUCAGGAGCAGUUGAUAACAGGUCGUUCCAGCACCUCAUCCAGCAGUAUGGAGGCCAUCGUUGAUCUGCGAACCUCGGGAUCAUUCUGUGAACAUUUCUAUCUGGUGGUUCUAGAGAAAACAAAGAACUCAAGAUCUGUUCUCCAUAUGUGGAAGAUCACCAUAUCAUCCAAGUGUGGGGAGCAGUCUGAAGAGUCUGGUGAUGGAAACCGGAAUUGUUCCACGGGAAUGAGUGCUGAGGAAAUUCCAUCUGAAAAUUCCACACCAGAGCACAUGAUACCAAAACCCACCACUGUUGUCAAAGUGGUCUUCAGCACCACCAAAGUGUGUACGCAAGCCUUGCCUCUGCCAGAAGGAGUGGAAGUACAGAGUGCCAACGUAUCAGCAGGUCACCUAAGCUCCGCCUCCAUUUACCCAGCAUGCCUUGCUCCGUAUCUCUUGGUUACCGCCUGCUCUGAUGGAGAGGUUCGUUUCUGGAACUGCAACUUGUCUUCAGUGUUUGAAGUAAGUGGAAACUCCAUGCCGCCGGCCAUGUCCUACAGCACGACAAGUUUCGAGAUUGCUGUAGAGGAAGAUCACGGAAUGCGUAAGCCUUCGACCACCGUGUUCACAAAAUCAGAGGCCAUGGAAACUAGCUACAGGUGGCAAGAGUGGAGCAUGAUGAACAGUUCAAAGGCCACUAGUUCCAUUAGUAUUACAGGGCAUCCAAUCACUGUGAGUUGUGCCUAUAGUGGGCGCCUCGCUGUGGCAUACAGACUGGUCGGACCAAAAAGUCUUCCUAGCAAUCCAAAGGGAAAAUUCCUUAACUUCUGGGUGGCCAUUUAUGAAUGUGAAUCUACAGGAGGGUCAGAAUGGGUUUUAGAAGACACGAUUGAACUGAAGAAUGUCACCAUUCCUGAUCCCAAGGCAGAGAUAGAUAUGGAGUGCAUCUUCAGUCCCGCUGGAAUAAAGUCACCUAGACUUACUGAAGAAUCAGAAACCCCCAAAGGCAUGUCACCGUCUGCUUCCUUAGUGAAUAUCUCCAAAACAGUAUCUAUUCCAAGUCUGAGUACGAUCUGCAGUGUAAGAAAGAGUAUAGCAGAACAUGGCAAUAUGGCAGGAAUUUUACACCAGAAACAUUUAGUUCAGUUGGACUGGGUGUCAACAGAGGAUGGCUCUCAUAUUUUGACCAUUGGUGUAGGACAAAAAAUUCUCAUGUAUGCUCAAGUGUCAGAUGAUAUCAUCAACGCAUCAAAGCAAGGAAAGGAGAAUUCUGAGGACAAAUCUAAAAGCAAGCAUGGUGGAGGUCAGAACCUCAGCCGUGGAACUCUGAAUUUGCAUUUAGGCGAGGGGAAGGCUGAGGCGCCAAAGUCUAGAGGGAGGCUUCAGAAGGCAAAAUCUGUCAUGAUAAUGGAUGAUUCCCCGGAAGAUAUUCGAUGGAUGUUGCUACGAUCUGUAGAGUUAUGCACCGCAGAUGGAUUACCUCCCUUACCAAUGCAUAUAUCGUGGGUGAGAGCUGGGAUCCUGGUGGUGGGAAUGGACAAUGAAAUGCAUGUGUAUUCUCAGUGGAGAAGUACACAUUGCAACACAGAUCAUGGCAGCACAGAGGAUUCCAAGUGUCUUCAGAACCCACAGUCCUCCUGCUUCAACAUUGAAACUUUGGCCAGCAUGAAAUCUACCACCUCUUUCAAACCUUCCUACUCUCUACCAAAUUUCAAACAUUUAAAUACUAUGUCCAAGAAAAGCUCUGAGGUGAAUGGGAUGAAAUCUAACUUGAAUAAAACAAAGAGUGAUAGUUUGACUAGCUUGACUGCCAUUCAUGACUUUGGACUCUUUGAAGCAGUAAGGGAGGCAAAUCCGUGUCUUCCGCAGUAUCACCCGAAAGAAAUGAUGGAGUUAUUGAACUUUGGUAAAGUCAGAAGAGUGAAAGCAAUCCUGGCCCAUUUAGUGCGAUGCAUAUGUAAUGGUGAAAUUCCUGCGAUUAAUAUAUCGGAGGAAAUGGACACAGACGACCUAAAAUGGAACCACGGAAGAAGUCGGACUCUCUCAGUGAGUGGAGCAAGUCCAAAAAGUCCAAAUGAGGUCCCGCUACUGCAUGAAGAACCUCAGCUGGAGUACAAAGAAAUCUCGUUCAUUCCACCUCUACCAAUGUAUGCUCUUUUAGCUGCAGAUGAACAGGUCACAGUAGCCAGAAAUGACCACAUGACCAGUACUGCCCCCGGGACAGCUACAGCGAAUCAGGACUACAGUGACCUCUUCUCGUCCGGUGUUGCCAUGGAGGAGGAGCUGGAUACCAAUGUUUUGGGUACCUCGGCCGAUAGCAACAUGUCUGGUCGAGGCAGGGUUCAGUCCACUUCAGGGAGUAGUCCAUCUCAUCCAAACGAGUUCACCCCCAAUCACAGUCGCAUUCUGAUGAAGCACCUGACACAUACACAACUCCCAGGCUUGACCAGCGUGGAUCAGAUGUACCUCCUGGCUAUUGCUGACACAGUGGCCAAUAACAAAAUCGACUUUACUGACAAGUUUGAGGUGGAAAAGACAGGAGCUGGUAGCACUGGAGACAUGUUGAAGGAAUCCACGGAGACAAUCGACGACUGUGGAUUAAGGUUUUUGCUGGCGAUGAAGAACCAUAUCUACCUCGUGAGGACACUGCAACCAAGACAGAGGGCAGCACUGCAGAAAGUGGGACUGAAAUCAUUCAAUCUCGUUUGGGCCUUCCACUCCGAGUCUACAGAGGAGUUGCUGUCCCACAUUCCUAGUAUGCAGAAAGGGGAGCCGACUUGGGAAGAACUGAGACAGUUUGGGGCUGGAUGGUGGGUCAACAACAUCAAUAUCCUGAAGAGAACCAUUGAAAAGGUAGCAAAGUCAGCGUUUCAAAGGAGAAAGGAUCCCAUGGAUGCAGCUUUAUUUUACCUGGCCAUGAAAAGGAAAAACGUUCUGUGGGGGUUGUACAGGUCUAUAGAUAACAAGCGUAUGAUGGAUUUCUUCAAAAACGACUUCUCAGUUGAGAGGUGGAGGAAGGCAGCCCUGAAGAACGCAUUUGAUCUGCUAGGCAAGCAGAGAUUCGACCAUGCUGCUGCAUUCUUUUUACUGGCAGGGUCCUUACACGAUGCUGUGGAGGUUUGUAUGAAUAACUUAAAGGACAUCCAGCUAGCUUUGGUUGUAUGUCGAUUGUUCGAUGGAGAAACAAUGAUGCCUGAAAGUGCCAAACAAGUUCUUCAUAAACACAUUCUUGGAUAUGAGGAGCAGGACUCAAAAACUGCUUCACUGACAUCAAACUUGACCUCAGAUCCAUUUCUUAGAAGCAUGGCAUGGUGGAAUUUCAAAGAGUACCGAAAAUCAUUAAAAACCUUACUGUUAUCAAAUUCUAUGAAGACCAAGCUAAGCUUGGAUGACCAGGAUCUUGGAGGACGAAGUGCAAUACCUAGUGUUUUUAAUUUCUACAAUUACUUGAGAACACAUCCUCUCAUUCUCAGGCACAAAAUAACAUCUGCUGCUCCAUUGGCUCAGAGGAAAGGUGUCAUUCCAGGUUUCACUCGUCAACAGACAAUUAUUGAAGAACAAGACUCUUUAAUGUUCAUUGACAAGGUCACACCGAUGGAACGGCGAUUGUUUUUCAGGACCGCCCAUACUCAUUAUACAAAUGGCUGCCCGCUUUUGGCACUGGAAGUAUUGUCCAAACUUCCAAAUAUUAUAUCGGAGGAAGACAUUGAAAGUGACAAUGAAGAGAAGAGUGAAAGUGUAAAACCACUGUCUCAAAAUAUUAGCACAGGGACUUUGGUGGCAGAAGACAGAAUUAAAAAUAAGGACUCGAGUGCAGAGUAUGACUGGGGCAGCCCUUCAGUGAAUGGAAUGGUGAAUGGUGAGACAGCGGACGCAUUUGAUUGGUCGAAGCCUCUUACCAAUGGAAACAAAGACACCAGUAAUACAUUGGACUGGGGAGCCCAAGUGUCAAGAUUUGACUUGGAGGAGGAACCCAAAUUCACGCUGAGUUCUGGUGAAAGUGAUCUUGAGAGUGAAACAGAAAGCCACGGGGAUGAAGUUCCAAGUAAGCCCACUCAGAAGGGUAAACUGCAGAAAAUUCCAAAUAUUGUUGUGGAUGAUGCUUUGCCCAACGGUUCUGCUGAAAUGACUCCUGACCAAAAGUCUAGUCACAGAAAUCAGAUUGAUAUUUUCGCUCAGCAGUACAAGUUCAUUGCUUGUCUGAAGGUUUUAAUGGAGGAAAUGAGGACCCUAGCUACUGGUUUUGAAGUGGAUGGUGGGCAGCUGAGGUUUCAGCUGUACAUUUGGUUGGAGAGAGAGGUAGAAGUAUUGCAGUAUCUGUGUAACUACGGUGAGGGUGUCGAAAUCCCGAUCGACAAUCAACAAGAGCAAAACUUCACAACUUUUGAAGACGGCAUCGAUCCAGCGUCUUAUCUUGAGCUGAGCGCUGAGAGCAAUGCUAGUAUACCGGAAUCUACGCUUGAGGAGAGCAGCUCACUACUAGACGUCUCCCAGAAAAAGUUCAACAGGUCAAUGUCAAUGCGGUCCGAUGCAUCAGGGGCUUCCAUCAAACCGACCCUCCAUGAGGUCAUUUUAGCUGAAAAGAUGGACUUUGAGGCCAAACUAGAGCGCAUGUCCAGGAGAAAACAGUGGCUGAAGAUGCACCACCAGUUACUGCGGACUCUGGCCAGCUACUGCAUGCUUCAGGGGUCAGGUGGGGGAGGACUCGCCUCUGUACAGAUGGAGCUGCUGCUAUUAUUACAGUUCUCGUUCGUUUGGGAAGUCCAACAAGAGAAACCACAGCAGCAGUUGUUAUCUCCCUUGCCAUUCCCUACCACUCUGCCCCUUCUGUCUGCCAGCAUUGCGAGCUCCAAGACAGUAGUGGCAGAUCCUAUCAAGCACAUCCAGUGCGUGACCCAAGAUCUCCUACACUCUGUGAUAGAGAUGACAGUGCCCCCUGGAAUUGGUAGCUCCAUGAACACUGUGGGCACGAUGCGUGAUCUCAGCUUUGCUCUGUCUGCCUGUGUGUAUCAGUGUUUGUGUGACUGCGAUAGCUUUGUGGUAUCUCUCAAUGAAACUUCGGAUGCCUUUUUGGAAGGUUUCACUAGUCAUAAUUUUACCAGCGCUCAGGCAGGUCACCUGAUGGCAGGUGUUCAGAGAUACAGACGUAAAUCCAGUGUGGGGGAUGAAAUCAACACUUCUCCCGCAUCGUGGCCAGGUGUUCAGGGACUACGUGCAAUGUUGGCCAGAGAAAAGGACGAUGAUGCUCCCAAACUUCAUAUUCUUUUGUGUGAAACGUUAGUGGCAGUGUACAUCAGUUUACUAGUCACUGCCAUGGCAACGUACGACUGCAACAUGCUGUACCGACUCAUUGCCCACCGAUUUGUACAACAGAUGUGGUGUGCUUUGUUUGGAGGAGGAGCUAAAACGAUCCUUAAGGUUUCCGACCCCCCUGUGCCCAUGAGAAGUACAGAUGAAGUGGACAAACAAAGACUGAGGCUGGUGAAGAAGGUGAUGGGCGGCGGUAAAGGGGGAGGGGCUACCUCCCUAGCCAAAGAGAAACCCGUCAAGGAAACCUUCAUACCUCCAGAGCUUAGUAUGGUCACAUUCUUUAUGACAAAGCCCUUUGCCAACCCAGCUGAGGGGACAUUUGUAUACGACUCCGAAGAUUCAUUGUCUUCUGACGAGGAUUCAGAUGAUGAUUCAGAGUAUGAGUCCAAACCUAGCUCUCUGGCCAUGUCAGCCGUACAGCAGCACACCGACCCGACAUCGUACUCGUGGAGUCUCCUUCGAUACUCGCUCAUCAAACUGGUGCUUCAUAACUUAAACACAUUCCUUCCACAUGUCGGAAUAGAUCUUCCUGAGCUGCCUGUGUGUUCACCUUUGAUGCAUGCUGUGUUAAAAACUCUGGAACAAUGGAUGCAUAUUCUACAGGGAAAGCUGGAACUGUUUUCUGGACCUCCUGAUGAUUUCAUCGCUAACCUUCACAUAGACGUAAUUCCAGGAAAACCACAUUCCAAGUUCAGAGCUCUCUUAAAUCCUUCUAAUUCACCCUUCAUAGAUGCCCAUUCCACAUUACCCAUCAAGAGGCUCUGGUUUUAUCUCAUCAAACAGGAACCACUGAAGGAAGUGUUCAUCAGAUACAUAUUUAGGAAGAAAGUCAACCAAUCAGAGGAGACUACGAGUCAGUCCGAAUCGGAGAACAGUAUGAAGUUAAAGGAACCAAUGAAGAUCAUCCACAAGGAACAGGACAUCAUCACAGCGUUCGCCCUGAAUCAGAUAGAUAGUGAAUAUUCUAGCUAUGAGCAGCUGAGUAAAUUCUUAAAUGCCAAUGCCAAUUUGCUGGCUUUAUCCACUCAGAAGGACAUUAUAGAACUGGACAUCGGGCCAGUAUUGGCUCCGCCCACAUGGCUGGAAGAUGAAAAUGAGAUGGACAUAGAGUAUAUUAAAAACCCCGCCCCUGCUGCUCACGAGUCCGAUUUCUUCGUGGUGCAGACUCCAUCAGACACACAGACAUCCCCAUACAGUUCCGCAGCCACCAGUCCACAGUCUUCCAGCCAGGGUCACUGGGCAACCGGACGUAGUACAACUGUGAUACUUAAGAGACCUGUUGCAGGAGUGCGACGGAUUGGUCCUCAUCCAAAUCUUCCUCACUAUCUGACAGGAAGUGCGGAUGGCAGUGUGAGGUUAUAUGAGUGGGGUCACAUGCAGCCAUUGGCGAUGCUACGACAACCAGGGGCUUUCCCCAAAGUGACAAAGGUUUUAUUUAGUGCUCAGGGCAAUAAGUGUUGUGUUAGCGAUACAGAGGGAGAUGUGUGUCUUUGGCAAGUCGGUUUAGGAAGCAACUUUACUAAACCCAUAAUGAGCUUGCGUUGUCACAACAAGACAACGAGCGACUUUAGCUUCAUUGGCUCUUCCAGUCUCAUCGCUACUGCGGGCCACUCGUCAGAAAGUCGGAACGUCUGUCUGUGGGACACGCUGCUGCCCCCUAGGAGUGCGUGCGUACACUCCUUCAUCUGUCAUGAGCAUGGAUGUCCAGCCAUCGUGUAUGCUCCACAUCACCAACUUCUGAUAUCAGGAGGAAGAAAGGGCGAAGUCUGCAUAUUUGACAUCCGUCAGCGCCAGCUUAGACACACCUUCCAAGCACAUGAUGUACCAAUCAGAUGUCUCGCCAUGGACCCAGAGGAGGAGUAUUUUGUCACUGGUUCUUCGGAAGGAGACAUUAAGGUGUGGGGUUUGGACGUCCAUCAGUUAGUGGUCAGCUUCCCAGGCGAGCACAGUAAAAGUACAUUCUUUAAGAACAUUGGUUCUACCUCAGGUGUGACACAGGUGGCCAUUGGACCAGAACACAAUCUGUUCUCGUGUGGAAUCGAUGGCUCCAUGAAGUUUAGAUCUCUUCCAGAGAGAGAGAGUAUGGUGAGAUAUUGGACAGCAUGAACAUCAAAUGGAGGACUGUUUACUGCAUAAUGGCUUGCAAUUUACUCAGCAAAGGUCACAUUCUUUCUUCCUUCUCGGCCAGGAAAAACUUAUUUUCUGAAGCACUUGCCUUCAGUUUUGUAAGAUUUAGCGAGAAUGUAGUGUACUAUGGGUUUUGUUCUACAGCAUUGCAUCAUGGUCUUGUGUGUGUUCUUAAUAAUGAUAGACUGUGUUACAAAGUAGAGCUAUCUAUCCUGUAUUAGUGACGUUUAUUUUAUUUAUUAAAAGUCCCUUAACAGCCACUGUGAUGGGUAUAAAUCUGAACUCUGGAGCAGAAUUUGAUACUUUUUAGUCAGUGUAUAUGUGUGUUCAAUAAUGUCUUUUAUUCACUACCAUUCCCACCUUGUUUUGCUGACCCUUGACCUCUAAGAAAACUCUGUAUAUACGUGUAGAUAUCAUGCAAGAAAACUGCUGCAUUCAUCAAACAGGCUCUUGAAUUCCAGUGUGUUGCUAUUAUGUGAUAGUUUUUGUGGCAUUGAGUAUUUUGUAACUGUCAGUUGAAGUGACUGUAAAGGUGAAAUGGUUAUGAAAUGAACUGUGAUGAUUUGAUUAUUUAAAAAAGUGAGUGAUAUUGUUCUUGUAGCUGUAUUUGUUUUCAUAUCAUUCUAGUCUUUGUCAGUGUAUAGUAAUUUGAAAUAUUGAAAGCAGAUGAUUCUUGUAUGAUUGCGCCAAUACUGUACAUCAGAGAAUUUUAUUUUUCAUCUCGUUCAAUGAUAUUAUUGACGUAUGACAUUCCGUCUUCUGUGAGUGAGGGCUUCUUACGUGUGAUAAGAGUUUGAAUCAACACGACCUUUACUGUACAGACUGUGUAUGAGCUACUUCUAGUUGGAGUUGGUUGGUUCAUUACAUCUCGUUUACUCAGUAUCACAAGGACUUUGAAAUCUACUCGUAGAAGAAUGUUGGAUAUAGAUUUAGUGUAGAAAACCAAUGGUUACUCCAAUAAAGUUAAUUAUGCACAAAUUGGCUGUUUAAAAAAAAAUACCAACACAUUGAACAUUUAAAUCUGUUUAUUUUCAAUAUAUUAAUUCAUGAGAAAACAAGAUCUUGCAAGUACAGUGGAAAAAGAAAUUAAAAAUCUGAAAAUAUGAAAUUAAUUCUCUGUUUGACAUGGAAAGCGUCAUCUUUAUUGAUAUUUUAUAUUAGAAACUGUAAGGAAUUGUAAUACUUCUAUGUAAAUAAAAUGUAGGAAUAAAUACGCAACAUGACACGACUGUAUGACGGAACAGCUGACUGUAAUCGCUGUCUAUAUGAUGGAACAGCUGACUGUAUGAUAGAACAGCUGAUUGUAACAGCUAACUGUAUGAUGGAACAGCUGACUGUAUGAUGUAACAGCAGUCUGUAUGAUGGAACACCUGACUGUAUGACAGAACAGCUGACUUUAUGAUGGAACAGCUGAUUGUAGAUGGAACAGCUGAUAUUAACGGCUGACUGUAGGAUGGAACAGCUGACUGUAUGAUGGAACAGCUGAUUGGUAGCCUGUGUUAUGUGUCUGCUAAUAUUGUGUGUUGUUAUGAUUUUAUUUUGUUGAUAAUUUAUGCUCUUGGUCUGUGAUCAUAUGUAGAUAACUAUGUAUACAUUGUUUUUUGGAAAGUAUAUGAUAAAUCAAUCAGAAGCCUA